AUGCCGAUUCCACCCGCGAGCUUGACCUUGAACUCCACUCAGCCACUUCGGCAACCACUAGCAGGCCAGAAAACUGGAUUCAUCGCAACAAGUACGCCCCCACCUUUGAUUUCGUCACAACCGAAGGCGGUAACGGGUAUUGAGGCUGCCAAGCGGCUCGCGGCGUGGACAGCAGUAGAUAGACAUGUAUUACCGGAACAUAAGGUUAUCGGUAUCGGCUCAGGUUCGACAGUCCCCUAUGUAGUCGAGCGUAUAGUUGCACAAGGCUCAGAAGUCAACAAGGACCGUGUUUUCAUCCCAACAGGAUUCCAAUCCAAGGAGCUCAUUGUGGAAGCACACCUGCGCCUCGGUGAUAUCGACCAAUACCCCACCAUCGACGUGACCAUCGACGGAGCAGACGAGGUAGACCACAACUUGAACGCCAUCAAAGGCGGUGGCGCCUGUCAUCUGCGCGAGAAGGUGCUCGCCGAAGCGGCCAACACCUGGGUCAUUGUCGCGGACUACCGCAAGAAUUCCGAGGUGCUCGGACACAACUUCACGCAGGGCGUGCCGAUCGAGGUCGCGCCGUUUGCGUACGCACCGGUACUACAGAACGUGCAUCUUCUCGGGUCGCCCAAGGCCGUGCUCCGUAUGGCGAAGGCCAAAGCGGGCCCUGUCGUCUCGGACAACAGCAACUUCAUCAUUGACGCGCCGUUCCCCGAGGAGAUCAUGCGGGACCCGUACACGCUCUUGACGCGCCUCAAGAUGCUCACGGGCGUCGUCGAGGUCGGGCUGUUCUGCCAUAUGGCUAAGGCAGCGUACUUCGGGGAUCAAGAUGGUAGCGUUACCGUUCAGUGGCAGGACGGACGCGUUGAGAAAGUCGGCAGCGAGUAG